GUGCAACGCGCUGUAGCUACAAUACAAGAUCAGCCACGGUGUCGGCAUUUCCGAGCACUCUCCAUCAGUCAGCCCGCCUCUUUUCGCUCAACGGUGCUGUCACUCAGUCCUGUUUCGUGGGCUGAACACCAGUGGCUUCCAGCACGAUCCCACUACCACAAGUGCGUCACCUCAUCGACCACUGGAGCGCUCCCUCACCACUCCAUCUGUCCACACCCAACUCGCCGGGCCCACUGCAAACUACCGACCUGGGUCUGGUCCUCGCCCAUUUUCCCCCACCACCCCUGUCGAUACCCGACCUACGCUUCGAUAUAUUGCUACCGAAAACAAACCACGUCCAACCUAGAAAAAAUAAAUAAAUUAAAAAAGAUGCUCAACUCUUUGGGCACCAAGCUUGCGCUACGGAAAGCCGGAUUGGGAAACAUCUCGCUUCCAAAGACCGACAACUUGUUUGGUGGCAAUAGUAGCACAGGAGGCUCGAAAAAGGGCACUGCGGAUGGAGGAGAUGCGGGCUUCGCCAACCCGUUUGCAAACGUGCAAUGGGGAGUCCCCAAAGCAUUCCAAUCAUGGACCACGCCCCCGCCGCCCCAGGACCCCGUCCGUAAGCCCCCACAAAUAGGAGACCGCGCCCAGUCGCACGCGAAGUUGCAGUUCCCGGCGCCAGAUGCUCGACCUGCAAUAGUUUUGUUUCUGCGCUUCUGCGGAUGUCCUUUCGCACAAAAACUCCUCCUCCGCCUCCGCACCCUCGCAAACCGCUACCCCUCCAUCCGCUUCAUCGCCAUCUCUCACUGCACGCCCGCCGCCACCACUGCCUGGCUCUCCAAACUCGGCGGCGCCUGGAACGUUGACAUCAUCGUCGACCCAGAGCGCAACCUCUACGCCUUAUGGGGCCUCGGCAUCUCCACCUGGGCACACGUCUUGCAUCCGCGCAACGGCUACAAUCAGGUGAUGCUGAAGAAGAACGAAGGGGUUUGGGGACAUGAGGUGGGGGAAGGCGCGUGUAGGUGGCAGCUUGGGGGUGCGUAUGCGGUGGACGGGCGUGGGGUGGUUACGUGGGGGGCGCCGAUGGAGUCGGUGGAUGAGGAGAUUCGGUUUGAGGAUGGGGUUAAGACGUUGGGGUACGGGGAUUCGAGGAUGUAGGAAGGGAGGGAGGAGAUGGGUAUAGAAUUAGACUUGAGGGUUCUUUGAUUGAUUCGGAAGACUGCUGCGUUAAGAGCGAGGUUGGGUACCGUGUUUUGUGAAGUUUUAGACGUAAAGAAUCCGAGACGAGAAAUCCAAUUGGGAAUAUAUUUGGCAC